UUUCCUACAGCAUUUAGGACGUUCAUUUUGAGUCAGCCAAUCAAACGCAGUCUUGUCUGUGAAAAAACUCUCAAUGCUCUUUGCUCAGCACACAAACCUGAACAUGAUGAAACUGGCACAGUUUGGUCUCUGCCUGAUUUGCUUGUUUGUGGGGGAAAUGGCUCAGAUGACCAAUCUGACCUUGACUGUCCUUCAAGAAAGAGGUUUCGUAUCAGCUCAUGGUGGUGACAGUCUAAUUCUGCAAUGUUUCUGCAACAAAGAUGUGGUGGCCAGGUAUUACUGGUAUAAACAAACUCCGUGGCAGAACCUUAGGCUCAUCUCUACCUUCUACAAGUACAACACAAACGGAACUUUUCAUGACGAAUUCAUGAACGAUCCACGCUUCUCACUGGACACUGAAGCGGGGAAGAAUCACUUAACGAUCAGAGACGUGCGUCGUUCGGACGCAGCCACCUACUACUGCGUAAAUGGCUUUUCGACGACAUUUCGAUUCAUGGAGGGCAUCACCGUCAGUGUAGAGGGUUCAGGGUUGAACAUCCAGGCUCGGGUCCAUCAGUCGGCAUCUGAGACCGUCCAGCCAGGAGGCUCUGUGACUCUCAGUUGCACAGUUCAAAAUGGGACCUGUGAUGGAGAACACAGCGUUUACUGGUUCAAGAACUUUGAAGAGUCUCACCCAGAACUCAUUUACACCCACGGAGACAGGGAUGAUCAGUGUGAGAGGAAACCCAACACACAAACACACAGCUGCGUUUAUCAAAACGCAGCUGUGAAGAGUCUGAACCUCUCUCAUGCUGGGACCGACUACUGUGCCGUCACCUCAUGUGGACACGUCCUGUUUGGAAACGGGACCAAGCUGGACAUUGAGGAUGAGGCGUACACGCUUGUCACUUUGUAUUUGUUGAGUGCAGCCGUCACAUGCAACACUAUCCUGAGUGCUUUACUAGGUGUGUGUGUGUGUGCCGUCAACAAGAGAAGGAGCUGCAUUUGUACAGAGUCUCCUGCGAGAUUUUCAGAUCCCUCAAGAAACAAUGCAAAGGGCCUCAAAACCGAAGAUAAUCUCUAUUACAACGUACCUGUAAGUGAGAAGAAGCUCAACGGGCCAAGAAGACGCUGGGAUAACACCUGGACUGAAUGUGUGUACCUCAGUGUAAAGCAGUAGAGCUGAGCAUGUUUUAUCCGUUUGUUUGUUUUCGCAUGCUGACACUUUUUUUUUAAGUGUAACAUUGAUUUUGUAAAAAAAAUUGUAAACAUGAUGUCCCAUAACUAUAAUGAAUACAAAGCCCUGCUUUCCCAAUAAACUCAUCAAUCGAGCUGUAGCAAAGAUAACGGAUGAAAUGCAACAGAUCUUCAAUCCAAACAAAGACCCACAGCCUGUUUCAAGCAAGACGUGUUCUAUAAAGUCGACCCUCUGCCACUAAGAGGCCUCCCCUGUCCUGUCUGUGUAUUGCUUCCAUUUGGUCAGAAUUGUACAAAUCAAAUCUACAGAAUCUCGUCAUGUUUCUUUUUUUCUUUUCUUUUUCUUAGGCUAGGUGAGGUUUAUAUUCAAGAGAUUUUUUUAAAGUUUGUCUUUAUGUACAUGUGGGUUUGUCUCAUUUUAUAGUGGAUCAGAAUAUAUUUCUGUGAUUUCUUUUGGGAUCGAUUAAUUACAGUGAAUAAAAUUAUGACAAGCAAUGCUGUCAUUUUGAGCGUG